GAAGCUAACAAACAACCAAAAUGUUUGUUCGUUCCGCAGUGGAUGGACCAAGCAUGGACGUAUCUCCAGCCGAGUCGUGGCUAGACGUGGACGUGGAUUUGGGCUUUGCUAUUUUCUUCUUUUUCCUGCUCUGUGUGUUCCUGCUUGUCAGCAUCGUGCGAUGUUCCCAGAUCGUCCUGGAUCCCUACAGCGCUGUCUCCAUCUCCAUCUAUCAGGAGGAACAGGAAGCAUGAACCCUUUAUAAAAAUUGCCAGUCAGGAACUUUCCGCCUGUCAUUAAGGAGUCAUAGAAACCCAAUUCAAAGAACUAAAAAAUAUUUACUUGAUCUUACUCCAUCUCAGAGCUCUUGUUUACGAACGUGUAAAAUACUCACCAUCAUUCUGCUGAAGGAAAAUAAAGAGGUUUCAUCAAGCAGAUUUUGAAGAUGUUUUGAUCCACAAAAAUUACAAUUUGUGGAAAUUUUAAAUUCAUGAGGACAUUAUGUAAUAAUUUUCUUUUCAGUUUACAAUUUGGGCAGCAGGGUUGUGAAAAUCGAUAAGAAUGAGAUAAUGUGCUUUUCUUCUUCACAUGAACUCCAGAAAAUGUUGGGUGGCGUGGAAUUUUCCAGAAUGUUUAGCUAGCAGUGCGUUGAAUUUACACUAAUACGUUUCACAACCAAUUAUGGAUAAAUUUAUGAAUAAAAAAAUGAAUAAAAUAUUUUAAGAUAGAAUUGGGUUAGCCAGCAGGGAGAGUUAGAAAUGCUAUUGUUGGAGAUUUUGUACGUUUUAUUUUUUUUGCUACGUUUUUGCUGUUGUGAAGGUCGCUUGACCUGUGUUUAAACCGUUUUAAUGGCUUAAAAUGGCUUUAUUUCUAGAUUUAUUAUUAUAUAAUUUGUAUUGUGUAUUAUUUGUA